CGUUUGAAGUGUUACCAGUUGAGAAGUGUUAUUUGAAUCGUGAGAAGUUAACGCCAGAUAUUUUGAACGACAUGGAUAGGGAUAAACGAAAUCUGUCCCGAAUCCUCAGACAAUACAACACACAGCUCCGAGCAUAUUGUAGCCCAGAGCAUGAAGCACGGGAUGAAGCUUUUAGGAAUUGUCCAUUGUGGCGAGAAGAAAAAAUGAUACAUUACUAUAAAUGGAUGCGAUUGUUAUAUUGUUCGGAUUACAAUCUUUGGCCUAAUGCACCUAAAAUCAAGCGUUCAUUUGGUGCUAAUUUGCCACUUUUCGAAAAGCUUUAUGCAUUUAUGCCAAAGUGA